AUGCACCUGACCAUGGCACCCCAGUGGAAGAGACGCUACGUGCCUGUCACCAACUGUACCAAGAGGGCAAGUUCAUGGAGCUUGGUCUCUCCAACUAUGCCAUGUGGGAGGUGGCCCAGAUCUGUACCCUCUGCAAGAGCAAUGGCUGGAUCCUGCCAACUGUGUACCAGCUUCUUCUGGAAGGAGCACCACUUCAAGGCCAUUGCCCUGGUGGAGAAAGCCCUGCAAGCCACAUAUGGUGCCAGUGCCCCCAACAUGACCUCGGCUGCUCUCCGAUGGAUGUACCAUCACUCGCAGCUGCAGGGUGCCCACGGGGAUGCGGUCAUUCUAGGCAUGUCUUGCCUGGAGCAGCUGGAGCAGAACCUGGCAGCAACAGAGGAGGGGCCCCUGGAGCUGGCUGUCAUGGACGCCUUCGAUCGAGCCUGGCACCUGGUGGCUCACAAAUGCCCCAACUACUUCCGCUAG